AUGGCGGACCUGAAAAUAGCAAAUGUCAACUGGCAAUCCAAAUUAAAUAAAGCUGCACACCACACAUCUGAUUACAGCAGCACAGAAGCAAUCCUGCGGAGAGGACAAGCCUUCAACAUCACUCUGAAAUUCCAAACAACACCACAAUCUGGGGAUAACUUCACCUUUAUUGCAAGCACAGGACCAUCUCCAGCAGAAUCACAGCAGACCAAGGCCGUAUUUAACCUUUCCGAGGAGAGUGCCAGUGGCUGGGGGGCAACCCAAGAGCCCAGUGAGCCUGGCUGCAUGAACUUCACAAUAUUCAGCCCAGCCAACGCUGUUGUUGGACGAUACAAGCUCAAACUCCAGGUUGUUUCUGGGAACAAGGUCUCUUCAACACUCCUGGGCCAGUUUGUGCUACUCUUCAAUCCCUGGUGUCCAGAUGAUGAUGUCUACAUGGCUAAUGAAAACGAGCGAUGGGAGUAUGUCCUGAACGACAGUGGAAUCAUAUUUCAGGGACUGGAAAAAUAUAUUCAAGAAGAAGCUUGGAACUAUGGACAGUUUGAAGAGGAUAUCCUUGAUAUCUCUCUGGCUAUACUGGAUCGAAGCUUGAACCACCGCGAAGAUCCAGCUACUGAUGUAGCCAACCGAAACAACCCCAUCUAUGUGAGCCGGGUUGUCAGUGCUAUGGUGAAUAGCAAUGAUGAAAAAGGAGUAGUGGAAGGGAAAUGGCAUGGCAAGUACCGCUCAGGAACCAACCCCCUGCAGUGGAGUGGAAGUGUGACCAUCCUUCGGAAGUGGUACAGAGGAAGAUACAAACCUGUCCGGUAUGGCCAGUGCUGGGUCUUUGCAGGAGUAAUGUGCACAGUUCUGAGAUCCUUGGGAAUACCUACUCGUGUUAUUACAAACUUCAACUCUGCCCAUGACACGAAUAUAAAUCUGAGUAUUGAUAAGUACCUUGACAGUUCCGGAAAGACUCUGGACUUGACUGAAGAUAGUGUGUGGAAUUUCCAUGUCUGGAACGAAAGCUGGUUCACUAGAAGAGAUCUUGGUUCUUUUUAUGAUGGAUGGCAGGUUCUGGAUGCAACACCCCAGGAAAAAAGCAAAGGCAUCUAUCAGUGUGGGCCUGCCUCCACCAGAGCUAUUAAGGAAGGGGAUGUGAACCUGGAUUAUGACAGCUCAUUUGUGUUUGCAGCAGUGAAUGCUGACUGUGUUACUUGGAUUCGCUAUAGUAACAAAAGAAAAAAGAGAAUUUAUUCUGAUACUAGGAAGAUUGGAAAAUUUAUCAGUACCAAAGCAGUGGGCACCAAUUCCCGUGUGGAUGUCACUGCUAAUUACAAGUAUCCAGAAGGAUCCUUGAAAGAAAGGCGGGUGUACAGAAAAGCACUGAAGCUGCUUGGUGUGAGAAGCACUGGAAAGAGAACCAAAAAAAGACGCUCUGCAGCAGCACAGAGACAAAAUACGACACAGCCCACACGAAAACCCAGUAUCUCAGGGAAGCUGCACCUUGAUGCAUCUCCUGUAAUUGGCCAAGAUAUUCUCCUUACCUUGGCACUCAAGAACCUGAUCUCAGAUUUCAAGACCAUAAAGGUUAAACUGAGAGCUUCAGCCAUUCUCUACACAAGAAGACCAAAGGCAGAGAUUUUGCAGUUAUCUAGGUCUAUUAAACUUGGAUCUGAAGAAGUGAAAGAUAUUUCAUUCAAGAUCUCCUAUUCCCUGUAUAAAAACUUUCUCACGGAUGACAGGAAGAUCCUAGUGACUGCUGUGUGUGAAACCAAACAGGGAGCCUCACUUCUAGUGGAGAAGGAUAUUGUACUUCAGGAUCCUUUUCUCACCAUCAAGGUCCUUGGUCCAACAGUGGUAAACCAGGCUGUAGAUGUGCAGGUCACAUUUACCAACCCACUCUCUGAAGUGCUGACCGACUGUAUACUGAGAGCAGAAGGUAGUGGCCUGCUCAAAGAGCAACUCAGAAUCAAUGUGGCAAGAAUGGCCCCCAUGGAGAGCUCAACAGUCCAAUUUGAAAUCAUUCCCUACAAGAGUGGCACCAGGCAGCUUCAGGUGGACUUGGUUUGCACACGUUUUUCAGACAUUAAGGGAUUUGUGAUGCUUGAUGUGGCUCCUGCUCAGUGA